UGAACCCGUGAAACCUAAUUGAAGAGCCACCAGCACGUGUCUGUGAGAGGCAGGCAUGACAUGAGAGAGCACUGGCCUCGCCACUUUAAAACAGAAGCCGACAGAGUAAGGCGCCCACCAAGGGCUUGACCUGAAAACUCCAGGGUGUUCCACAAAUAUUAACAACAACUUUUGUCACAGAGUCUGUCACCUCGGAGCCUGGAGGAGGACGUCACAGCUCUCUGCAAGGACCCUGCCAGGCAGGUGGGAACUAGAGACCGACCGAGCAGCUUCCCUGAGCCCACGCUCUGGCUUCCCUUGUGACCAUCCGCCAGCCUCCACUUGCCCAGAACUAUCUUCAGUGACUCUCCCCAGGUCACAGCAACCUAUUUACAGACAUCUAGAAUUCCCAGGCACUUUUAGGACAAGCGACUCGGGAUGUUUCCAAGUGGGCAGCAAAGUCUUCUCUAAGAGAAGCCGUUCCUCCCGAUCUAUUUAUGCCCGUGUAAACACUCGCCAAGGAAACAAGGCAUGUGGGCAUGCGCCAGCCCUGCAGGCCCUCAAGUUGCUGCAAAAGGCAACUGGAAAGUCACAUGUCAUAACAGUGGAAAGUACAUAUGCAACUAUUCUUAGCCCUGGAAUGUAUACACUGUCUCCCUGCCCAGCAGGUCUUUCACAAAGCUCUAGAAAACUAUGAAAGUGCCUUCAGCAUAAACAAAUCCAGAACUCCCCCAGGGCAAAUCAUUCGCCAGCUGAAGAAACGGCCUGGGUUGAUGGUUUCACUCGGAGCUAGAGGUGGGAACUCCCAGGGGGCUGAGCCGGGCCGAGCAUCGGAGGACAUCGCUGCAGCAAAACAAGAUUCUCUGAAGGUGCUGUUUGCCUGUUACCUUUGAGAGUAAUCAUAACCAAAAAGAGAAGGGUCCGCUGUGAGGUCUGGGGUAUCCGUGGCCUCCCUUUACAACCUUCUCUAAGUGAUAUUCUUGGUGGCACCCACAAGCAUCUUCGUGAAUGGGCAUAGAUGUCCUAAGUCUUGGAGCCACCCCAGCCAAACGCUCCAGCACGUGCUCCCUCUUGGGACCUCUCCCGCUCUUGGUAGGAUGGACCAGGAUUCACCAGAUGGGCUGCUCUUCAAAGACCACGAUUUCUCCUCCGACUUGUUGAGACAGCUCAACGUCUUAAGACAAAACAGGAUCCUGACUGAUGUGAGCAUCUGUGCUGGGGCCUGGGAGGUCCCCUGCCACUGCAACGUGCUGGCCUCUAGCAGCCCCUACUUCAGGGCCAUGUUCUGCAACAACUUCCGAGAGAGCCGAGAGGCCAAAGUGCAACUGAAAGGCAUCGACUCGACGACUCUGGACCGGAUGGUCCUGUAUGUGUACACGGGGGAGGUGCACAUCACAGCAGAAAACGUUCUGCCCUUGAUGGAGGCGGCCUCCAUGCUGCAGUACCCCAAGCUGUUUGAGGCCUGCUCCUCCUACCUCCAGGGCCAGCUGACCCCCAGCAACUGCCUGGGCAUGAUCAGACUCUCGGAAAUCUUAAGUUGUGAGACCCUCAAGAAGAAAGCCAGGGAGGUGGCCCUGACCUAUUUCCCAGAGGUGGCCGCAUCGGCUGACCUGAAGGAGCUCUGUGCCUUGGAGCUGCGAGACUACCUCGGAGAUGAUGGGCUGUGUGGGGAGGAGGAAAAGGUGUUUGAGGCCCUUAUGGUUUGGAUCAAGCAUGACCUCCAGGCCCGUAAACGAUACAUGCAGGAGCUGUUCAAGCAGGUCAGGCUUCAGUACAUCCACCCGGCCUUCUUCCACCACUUCAUCGCCAACGACGCCCUCCUUCAGUCCUCGCCCUCAUGCCAGACCAUCCUGGAGAUAGCCAAGAGGCAGAUGUUUUCUUUGUACAGCACCAGCAGUGCCCCAGACCUCCAACCUCCGUGGCACGUCCCCCCAAGAAACUCUUACCAAGAUUUCCUCAUCCUCUUGGGUGGAAGGAAGGACAACCAGCAGACCACCAGGGACGUUCUGCUAUACAACCCACAGACUGACCAAUGGCAGAGCCUCGCCAAACUCCCAACCCGGCUGUACAAGGCCUCAGCAGUCACCUUGCACUGCAGCACCGUCUAUGUGCUGGGAGGCAUGGCUGUUGGCGUAGGGAAGAGCGUGCUCAGUCGCAACGUCUACAUCUUCUCCCUGAAAUUCAAUCAUUGGAGGCUGGGGCAGCCCAUGCUGGCGGCCCGCUACUCCCACAGGAGCACUGCCCAUAAGAACUUCAUCUUCUCCAUCGGGGGCAUUGGAGAAGGUCAGGAGGUCAUGAGCUCCAUGGAGAGAUAUGACAGCAUCAGCAACAUCUGGGAGAGUAUGGCCAGCAUGCCAGUGGGGGUUCUCCACCCUGCAGUCGCUGUGAAAGACCAAAGACUCUACCUUUUUGGGGGAGAGGACAUCAUGCAGAACCCUGUGCGUCUUAUCCAGGUUUAUCACAUUUCCAGAAACACGUGGUUCAAGAUGGAGACGAGAAUGAUCAAGAACGUGUGCGCCCCCGCCGUGCUGCUCGGGGAGCGGAUUGUCAUCGUGGGAGGUUACACAAGGAGGAUUCUUGCUUACGACCCUCAGUCCAACAAAUUUGUCAAGUGUGCAGACAUGAGAGACCGGAGGAUGCACCAUGGGGCCACAGUGAUGGGGAACAAGCUGUAUGUGACGGGCGGGCGGCGGCUGACCACGGACUGCAACAUCGAGGACUCGGCCUCCUUUGACUGCUACGACCCCCAGACGGACACCUGGACGUCCCAGGGACAGCUGCCUCACAAACUCUUUGACCAUGCCUGCCUCACCCUCCAGUGCAUACCCUAUACUUCCCCCUUUCCAUGAGGUCGACGAGAAACUGUCUGUCUUAGUCAAGAUGCUCUUGUGGCAAGAGACAGAACCCAACUCCAAAAAGCUUAACCCUAAAAGGGUGCAGGGAUUGCUCACAGGACUGAAAAGGCCUGGAACCAGGCAUAUUGUUGGCA